CAUACCUUCAUAAACCUACUUCCAACUCUUUCAGAGCGUUCAUCCAUGGCUUCUUUUUCAACGAUGCCACUCGAUUUGACAAAAGAAAUACUUUACAGGACUCCAGCAGAGUCUCUGGUCCGAGCAAAGGCGACAUGCAAGCAGUGGAACGAUCUCAUCAAGGACAAGAGGUUCAUCUACGAACACUGGCGUCGCUCCCCGGAAAGAUUCCUAAGAGCUGAUCAGACGGUACAAAUCUUGGACUUGGUGAACAGAACACGUUCAGACUCACCAAUCCCAAACGAGCUCCAACUUUCGAUAUCAAAUGUCAUGGCCAUGAUUCACUGCGAUGGACUCAUGCUGUGUGUCUGGAGUGACAAGGAAUAUUUUAUGUUCCGCAACAUCGCCCUUUGGAAUCCCCUCACAAGGAAUUUCAACGUGAUCGAGCAUAGGCUCGCUCGAGAGUCUCAUAGGUUCCUGAUGGGUGAUAACUUUGGGAUCGGAUACGACGUUCGAGGUAAUUACAAGAUCUUGAUGUUUUCAGCUAAUCACUAUUGUAAAGCAGUGGUCGAGAUAUACGAGUGCAUGUCAAAAUCGUGGAGAACGCUUGUUGAUUCCAAGGUUGAUUGGGAAGCAUAUCCCUGGGACCAUGGUGUCUCUGUCGUGGGUAACAUGUAUUGGCUUGUCAAGAAGAAGAUUAUAAACUACAUUCUAGCUUUUGAUUUCUCCGUUGAGACAUUCAAGGAAAUAUGGUUUUGUCAUCAUCUCCCUUAUGAUAAUAACUAUCUAGGCUGCUUCGAUGGGGAUAAACUGUCUUUGUUACAUCAAAACCAAGACUAUCCAAGUCCGAUCGAGGUGUGGGUUUCGAGCAAGCUGGAUGUUGGGAAUGUAACGUUUGCCAAAUAUUUCAGUGUGUCCAGCCCUUAUCUUCCGGCUUUUCGUUACCUUACAUUUUGGGCUCAUCCGGUAUACUGCAUUGCCAAGCACGAACGUAUCAUCGCAUGGUAUACUAUGUUUUCUACUUGCUUGAUUCUUUGUGAAAUUGAUGAGGGAGGGGUAAGUAAUCAAUUUGUGACAGCACAACACUACUGGGAUGACUGUAUGGGCACCUUCAAUUGUGGCUACGUCUAUAAACCAAGUCUGGUCCCUCUUCCAUGAUAAGAGGUGGAUAUAAGAUAAGAUAGCUGUUUUAACCUUUAUUAUAUUUUAAGUCUUUGUAUGUUGUUGAUUUUCUGCACCGUAAUAAAUGUUACUGAGACAUUGGUUUUGGUAUGACUAAAAAUGCAACUUAUCAUUCUGUAGUAAAGUUUGAUUAAAUUUUA